AUGUCUUAUCCAUCUAAGCGUGUAAUCAUUCUCGAAUUCUCUCCUUACUGGAUGCAAUGGAGGUUUGAUCGGAAGGAAUUCAGUGAUGAAGGAGCGAGACUUGAUUUUGGCAAGGGACUUAUGAUAAUCCAACGUCCACGACACUCUACGUCUUUUCGUCCAAUUCGACUGGCUCCCCGUUUUCCUUGUAACCAACACAUAGCACGAGAUCCCAUCCAUGUCGGUGCUGAAGAUAACCCUAGCCUAAUGAACUUGAUCUUCAGGCUAGUGGAAACGAUAAAAGCGAUCGAUUUUGUCUCUGCUAUCUGUGAUGGAAAUGAAUACUAUAGACUUGCGUUGGACCGAGGGUAA